AUGCACAUGCUCCUCGCCGCCGCUUCGUCGCUCGUGCUCGUGCCCUUGCAAAGGCCCCGCUCCUUCUCGCUGCCUCUCCACUCGAUCGUCGACCCGCCGCGCGACACGGACGCGCUGCUCAGCCUGCACUGCAACGCCUCGCAGCCACGGUGCAGCGCCGGCCGCACGUGCGCCCUCGACCCGCUGCUCACGUCCGGAGGCAACAUCUCGUGCGCCGCACCGAGCGCAGACCCUGCGGACUGCCACGUCUGCCUGCACAAGUCGCUGCUCCCGCUCGGUCCUAUCGACGGGUACGGCAGCGCGGUGCUCUUUGCGGCGGGAACACUCGCCGGCGCGUCUGGCAUCGGCGGCGGCGGGCUCAACGUGCCGCUGCUGCUGAUCGUGAUGGGCUUCCUGAUCGAGGAAGCGGUGCCUAUCUCGCACGUCAUGGUCUUCGGCAACGCCGUCGCACAGAACAUCGUCAACCUUCCGCGCCGCCACCCAGCCGACCCGAGCCGGCCGGUGGUCGACUUCGACGCGCCGCUGCUGCUGCUGCCGAUGAUGCUCGGCGGGAACGCGUUGGGGGUUGUCCUCUCGCCCGUCCUCCCGGCGCCGCUGCUCGUGCUCCUCUCGUGCGUGGUGCUCGCCCUCGCCGCAGUAAAGACUUGGGCGCACGCGGCGCGAGACUUUGCUCGAGAGCGCGCGGGCAAGCAGCAGCAGCAGCGGGCGCCGACAGGCGCUCGUGCGUCGGCGGCGCCGUCCGCGCCGUCGGUGGAGGGCGCGGUGCGCGACGAUUCGGCCGCGGUUCAGCAGCAGCGCGGCCGGCGGAGCUGCAGCGACGAAGGCUCUGCGGACGCGCGGCGCUCGCUGCUGCAGCCGGCCGCGCCGCCGUCGAGACCGCGACUGCCGAGCCGCGACGAUUCUGGCGCCGGCGGCGAGGGCGGGGGCGAGGGCGGGGGCGAGGGCGGCGGCGAGGGCGGCGGCGAGCGCGGAUGCGGCGAGGGCGGAGGCCAUGCGGCCGCGGCGGCGCUGGGCCAGCAUUCGCCGAUUUGCUCCAGAGUUGCCCUGCUCUCGGCCUUUUGGGCGCUCUUCCUGCUGGACGAUCUCGGCGUGCAGCUCAGCGGCGCCACCGACCGGUGCUCCGCACCCUACCUCGGCUGGAAGCUGGGUCUGCUCGCCGCCGUCGCCGCCGCCACGGCCGGCGGCGCGCGGCUCGCGGCGCGUUCUCGCGGCGCUCAGCCUCGGCUAGAGGGUGACCUGGAGUGGGGCGGCGCGGCGGCGGUCUGUGCGGCGGGUCUCGCACUGCUGGUGGGGAUGGUCGCGGGCCUCAUCGGGUUGGGCGGAGGGGAGCUGAUGGCGCCGCUGCUACUGGCGCUCGGCAUGCUGCCGCAGGUCGCCAGCAGCACGUCCGCCUUCAUGAUCCUCUUCACCUCCUCCUCCGACCUCGUGCACUACCUCCUCCAAGGGGUGCUCGCGCCUCAGCCCGGCUACGCCGCUUGGGCCCUCUGCCUCGGCUUCGCCUCCGCAUACUUGGGCCGGCGCGCUUCGUACGCCCUCGUGCAGCGGCUGCGCCACCCGUCGCUGCUCGUCUUUGCACUCGGCGUCAUCCUGCUGCUGGCGCUCGCGCUGCUCGUCGCUCGCUCGGCGGGCAGCGCGCACACCUCGUGGGCGUUUGGCCUGCUCUGCGCGCCUCACGGCGCGUAG